AUGCCUUCCACUUCGGAAUUUGACACCUCGAUUGAUGACACUCUCGUGCUGUCAACUUUAAGAAGUACUAAAACUGGAUCAUGGAUAAACCGGCACGAAAUACGCGAAGUUCAACGAUACAAUGAUUUCAGAUCAAUAGAUUGGGUUGAAGACGAAUUGGAUGAACAAAAGCAACGACUUCUAAAGUUGAAACAUAUAACUAAUAAAGGUAACAAUUUCAAGGACAAGAUACUAUCCCAAGUGUCCAAUUGGCUUGUUUUGGCGUCCAUGGGAGUGGUUAUUGGAUUAAUUGCAGGAUCAUUGAACAUCAUAACCUCAUUUCUUUCCAGCGCACGAAUCGGCCAUUGCAAACGUGGCUUUUAUUUAAGUGAAGCAUUUUGCUGUUGGGGAGAAAAUGAUGGCGAUUGCGAAAACUGGACAAAGUGGACUCCAAUAAGUGGACUCAAUUAUAUUAUAUACGUGUUGAUAUCACUCCUCAUGUCUUACACGGCAGCCAAUAUUGUGAAGUUCUAUGCACCAUUUGCCGCUGGUUCUGGAAUAUCAGAGAUCAAAUGUAUUGUCUCAGGGUUUGUCAUGGAUGGUUUCUUGGGGUGGUGGACUUUGGCUAUCAAAAGUUUGGGCUUGCCUUUGGCAAUUGGGUCAGGCUUGAGUGUAGGAAAAGAGGGACCCAGUGUGCAUUAUGCAGUAUGUGUGGGUAAUUCAAUUGGACGAUUAGUGCCCAAAUAUAGAAAAUCGGCAUCAAAAGGGAGGGAAUUUUUAACGGCAACUGCAGCAGCAGGUGUUGCGGUUGCAUUUGGAUCACCCAUGGGAGGGGUGCUAUUUUCCAUUGAAGAAAUUUCGUCGGUGUUUCAAUUGUCCACCUUGUGGAAAUCAUACUUUUGUUCUUUAAUUGCAGUCACCACAUUGGCGGCAAUGAAUCCGUUCAGAACUGGACAAUUAGUCUUGUUUGAGGUCACUUAUGACACAAAUUGGCAUUACUUUGAAGUUCCCAUUUAUGUCAUUUUAGGAGUCUUUGGUGGAGUCUACGGAAUUGUUGUGUCAAAGCUAAAUACCAAAGUUGUCUCCUUUCGCAAGCGAUAUUUGGGUCCUUGGGCCAUUCGUGAGGUUUGUAUUUUAACUUUAUUAACCGCAAGCUUCUCGUACUUUAAUGAGUUUUUAAGGUUGGACAUGACGGAGUCAAUGCAGAUUCUAUUUCACGAAUGUGAUGCUACUUUCCAAAACCCAAUUUGUCACCCCGAAAAUGGCAAAACCAAGCUUUUGUUUUCGUUGUUGUUUGCAACAGUUGCCAGAAUGGGAUUAACAAUUAUUACUUACGGUUGCAAAGUGCCUGCUGGGAUUUUUGUGCCUUCAAUGGCAGCAGGCGCAACGUUUGGACGAGCUCUUGGAAUCAUUGUGGAUUAUGCAUACAAGAAGAACCCCAAACUCUCCAUCUUUUCUGCAUGUGACUCUGGUGACAAGUGUAUAAUACCAGGAACAUAUGCGUUUUUAGGUGCGGCUGCUGGAUUAUGUGGUAUUACCGAUUUGACGGUUACAGUGGUUAUCAUCAUGUUUGAAUUGACUGGUGCGAUCCGUUACAUUUUACCCACUAUGAUUGUUGUUGCUAUAACAAAAAGCAUUAACGACAUGUGGGGAAAAGGGGGAAUUGCAGACCAAAUGAUUAAGUUCAAUGGCUUACCUUUUAUGGACUCAAAAGAGGAAUUUCAUUUUCAUACAUCCGUGACUUCUGCUAUGUCUAGUGUAGUCGUGGCAUUUUCAGCCGAUGCAAAUGACGCCUUGACCUUGGGACAAUUAAAACAAACGUUGGGCAAAACAAAAUAUAGAGGAUUUCCAAUAAUACUUUCAGGAAAUAACCCUAAAAUAGAAGGCUACAUUUCUAGAUACAAGAUAGAGUAUGUGCUUGGCAAAAAUGAGAGUGUUAACCCACACACUCUUUGCAAUUUCAAUUCAAGGGAAAGGGGAUCAACCGAGAAGAUUGAUUUUAGCUCGAUGAUAAAUCAAUCGCCAUUAAGUGUCGAUUGUGAGACAUCUUUAAAAUUUGUUUCCGAUAUUUUUGUCAAACUUGGACCGCGUUAUUUGUUAGUUGAGCAGCUGGGGUCAUUGAUUGGAGUAAUCACAAGAAAAGACAUACUACUAUAUGAAUAUUCGAUUCAUCAAAAAGAAGUAGACUCUGGUCCUCAAGAGAGGCAAGAAGAGCUCGAAGUAAAAGUUUGGAACAGCAUGAAAUCAAUUGCUUUGUUUAUCCGUAAAUUUCAAAGUCAAAUUUUACAUAGGGACUCGUAUAGGUCGACACCCACCUAG